UAACACUUUUUUUUUUUUAAUUUGUCUUGUUCACUUCUACCACCCCUAAGGAAGGAGUCACCGUUGUCAUCAUCAUCAUCAUCACCGCCACUAUCUAUUUAGUCGUGAUGCCGCUCCUGCUGCUGCUGCUACUUCUACUUCUAGCUGUGUACUCUUUACAUUUGAGUAUCGUUUCUUCUUGUGGGCAUUGUUGUUCCUGCCCCUACCGUCUCCUCAAAAAGGGGGAGAAGAAACAGGCAGGUCCUGGCCACAGCAGUCUUCCACAUCAGACCAGACCAGACCAUACCACCUAUUUAUUAUUUGUUCUUGCUCCUGUUGGACAGUGUCUUUUUCCACUGCCUACAUACAUACAAUAGAUCUUGUCAAUCUCUCUGUCCCCGUGUGUGUAUGUCUUUCUCUCUCUCCCUUAGCUCCAGAUAAUGUUGGAUUUACGAUCUCAAAGCUACGAAGGAUGUGAUCACAAACGGCCAGUAUUUUUCAAAAUACAUUUGUUAAAAUAAGUUUCAUUAUAAAUUGUUAAUUCUUUAGUAGUUUUGGUGGCCAUGGGUGAAGGAAGAAAAUAGAGAACACAACAUACAUAUGGUCGACGUUUCUAUAAUAAUUUUCCAAAUUUUCCUUUCAUUAGCUUUUAUUUUCUAUUUUAUUUUUAAUUCUUUUAUCUUUUUUCCAAUUAAGCUGGAGAUAUAUAAGAGUGGAUGUAUACUCUCGUUCUUUGAUUGCAAACAAACGACGAUGAUGAAAAUAUCUCGGUGAUCAAUUGUCAAAAAAGAAGGAAAAAAAAUCUAAUUUCGUUUAUCCUGAAUAAGCUUUGAAUAUAUAUAUAUAUUAUAUAUAUAUAUAUAUAGCUAUUGUUUUUCCUUCCUGAAUCGCUCCGGCCAAAAAAAAAAAAAAAUGUAGAAAAAUCAGGUGUAAAAUUUUUUUAAAAAUUAACAAGGAGCAAUAUAUAUAUAUAUAUAUAUAUACAUACACAUACACACACACAUACAGAUAAGAAUUUGAUAGUCGGCAGAGAAAAAUCUAACACUUUCUCACAAGUCUUCUAGCAUGAUACGGAUAACAAUGAAAGAUGUUUGACGGUUGUAAGAUAAGUUCACUGCUGCCACUGGCCAGCCCAGCUGAGCAAAAGCAGCUCCUUCUAUCCAGUUCUUCCUCUUCGCUGACUCCUAUUUCUAAUAGGGAUUCAACACUUACUGGGAAGAAAAAAGUCAAUGACCUUGAAAACCAGAGUAUCAGCUGUUGCUGUCUGGAGCAAAAGUCUCAGGGAGUAAACUCUCAUGAAAACAACAAUGCAAGCCCAUGUAUUUCCAAGCAAGCCAACAGCAAAGGAUCUCCUGAACCAGCCUCUCAAUCAAUUUACGGAUUACACUCCAUUUUUGACGGAUUGGCUCUUAAUAAUGAGCGGACCAAAACUGCUGCAGGUCAGGUGGGGUUGUCUAGUUCUACUGCCCAUUCAGGGUUACUGCCACCUCUCAUAGACCGCCCUUACACACCCAUCCUGUCCUGUAGCACAGCCAGUGUCAGCAAUGCGGUCAACUGUGCGUUGAUCUCAUCAUCAUCGUCAUCAUCAUCAUCAUGUAAAGACUCACAAAACUUUGACUACAACUGCAACAAGGAAACAGUAACACAUUGCAAAUGGAAAAACUGUGAUAUCGUCUUGGACCCCGACUUGCUUAUGGCACAUAUUCGUGAGAAACAUGUUGAGAGUCAAGAAGGUAGUGAAACAUAUGUAUGCUUUUGGGAUGGUUGUAAGGUGUAUGCGAAACGCUCUUGCUCCAUGUCAUGGCUUGAGCGGCACAUUCUCAGUCACAGUGGCGACAAGCCAUUCAAAUGCAUUGUUGAUGGCUGCGAUAUGCGUUUCCCAUCACAUCAUGGUCUUGAAAGACACGUUAAUAGCCAUUUUAACACACAACAGCCUACUGCUCCCAAACCACCUAAGUUAAGGGAAGAUACUCCAACCAAAUUAUGGAAAAAGAAGAAAAUGAAGAGGAAAAGACCUCAAUUGGUAAGAACCGGAGAUUUUUUUGACAGUGGAAUAAUGGAACGUUUACAACAAGAGCUGAUCACGCUUACACGAAUCACGCAGAUUGAUUUAGAAGGCAGCACUAAUUCCAUAACAUUCCAUGGCACUGUGAUUGCAAGAAGAAGAGAAGACUCUGGAAAAAUAAAAGUUUUAUUACACUGGACACCUGAGAACAUAUUCCCUGAUUGCUGGGUGCCAGAGUCACAGGUGCAAGAAGUGCACAAACGUGUCAUUCCACUGACAAGCUUACCUCAGGAUAGUGCAGCAGCUCUGCAUUCCUCAUUCUAUCGUCGGCACCGCUAUCGCAAACAUCGCAGAAAAUAAUCAGUCAACUAUGGUUUUAAAACCCUCACUCAACCAUCCCCCCUUGUUAUAUUUCUACAGCAGUCCUAACUUACCUCCACCCUCUACCUCUCCUAUCUUUCUCUUUCUAUGUGUGUGUAUGUCUGUCUCUCCAUACAGACCUCUCUGCUCCUCUGUACUAACUUCUCCUUUUCUUCCCCACCCACCCCUUUCUAUACUGACCCCCCCCCUUACUAACCUCUCCUCCCCCUUCAUUGCCAUUCUGACCUUUCUGCCCUCUCCAUACUGAUCUCUCUCUCUUUCUACCUCUCUUCUCUACUGUCUCUUGCUUUUCCUAUUCUAACCUUCCUCCUAAUACUAACCCCUAUGUCUCUCUCCGCACUAACCUUUCUUUCUUCAGUACUCUUUUCUGGUCUCUCUUUAAGGUGACCUUUUUCUUUCUUAUAUCCCUGUUACUCUCAUUCAUUUCUUUCUCUCCAUUUCUAAGUAUCUACAAAUAACUUCCAACUGAAGAGAGAACCCAUCCUUUCCCAUGCCACCCUUCCCCUGGAUCCUGUGGAAAUAUAAAUAUACAAUUCUGUAAGUCUGACUGUCUGACACAUGUUCUUUGUAAGGAUAACCAACAACAGUCAGUGAAGACAAAGGAAGAGUUUCUUUCAAAAAAAACUUCUUCCUGUCCCAUUCCUUCAAACAAGAAAACAGAAAUGAAUGAAAGAAGUUAAACCAAAAAAAGAAAGAAAAAGAGAGAGAGAAAGAGAGAAAAUGUUUAAUGAUAAACAAAAAGUUGUGUUGGAAUUUGUUGGCAUAAUUAAAACAAAACAAAACAAAAAAAUGCAUACAAUUUAAUUAAUCUACCAGGUGACAAAGCCUUAAUAAUAAUAAUAAUAAUCAAUUUGAGCCAUCCAAUCCAAUCCCUAAUGUGCCUCUAUCCUUCGCAGGUGCGAAUAUGGUAGUGGGAGGGGAACGGGGGAACGAGAACUUAAAUAAUUUAACAGACUUUACACCUGUUCUCAUGAAAUGAUUCUUGCGCAUCACACAAUUACAAAAAAAAAAGUAAAAUAUUUUUAUAAGAGCUCCCCAUGAAAAAAAAAUAAAAACAGAAACAUUUAAAAAA